AUGGAAGUGGACAUUCACUCCCAUAGACUGCAACCGCCUGCUCAGCGCUCUCUUGUGGAACAGGUUUUCCAAAACGCGCGUGUUGAUCUUCUGGAGCACCGCGAGAUCGGCACCGGCGUCAGACAUGCUGCCGUCGAGGUGGUACAUGUCACGCAGAAGAUCCGCCGCUUCGGCGUACAAACUUCCCCGUAUGACACCCUGAAUCAGGGUCUCAUAGGUCUUGGCAUCCGGCUUGAUGCUACCGUCCUUUACGCAGCGGUAGAUGUCGAGGGCCGUCGAGUACCGCCCGUUGGUGAUGCACGCGCUCAUGAGGCACGUGUACACGUGGGCGUUGAUGGUGAACCCGUACUCGACGGGAAGGCGACCGACAAGGUCGAACACCUUAUCCAGCUGGCCGCUUCUACCGUACAUUUUGAUCAGUAUAGUCAGCGUGAAGUUGGAGGGCGCUAUGCCGUGCAGGCGCAUUUGUUCCCACAGUUUUUCACAGAGCCACAGUCGUCCACUUUUCACACACCCUUCCAGCAAGCUGUUGUACAGGAUGCCAUCCGGCUUGAUGCCGCGCUCGUACAUGAUGCUGAGCAGCUGGAACGACUGGUCCAUGUUGCACUGCACGCAGUAGCCCUUGAUGAUGGUGGAGAAGGUGAUCAGGUCAGGCUCGAUUUGGUUUAUCAUCAUUUCCUCAAGAAGCGAAGCGGCAGCCUUCAUAUCGCCAACGCGAGCACAGGCGUCAAUGAUGGAGUUGUAAGUCACGGUGUUGCGCGCAACACCCUCCGAUACCAUCAUGUCGUAGAUGCUCAUCGCCCUGCUCAACUGCCGGUUCUGCCCGAAACCCUUGAUGAGCGUCGUGUACAUAAUAGUGUUAGGUUUGACGUUACCCUUUUGCUUCAUCUCCUGGAGCAGCGCCAUGGCCUCAUCCAUCCGGUUGUUGCUCACGUACGCAUCCAGCAUGAUACCGUAUGUCACCUCGUUGGGCUCGUGGGAGCCGUUGGCAGUCAUUUCCUCCCAUAUCUCCUCGCACUCCGCUAUCCUUCCGCAGCAAGCCAACGACUUUAUGAUGACACCACAGCAAUCCAGCGCAACCGAGAACGCACCUUCGUCAAGAUUAAGCCUUUCGCAGAGGGUGACGAAUUCCUCGACUUUGUUUCGCGAGUGCAAGUGUGGCGGCAGCAUCUGCAGGAGCUCCGAGAGCUCCUCGCUGAUCCUGUCCAUGACAUCGCAGUGCCUGAGGAACUCCAAACCGAUUUCAAAGUUGAGCACCGAAAUAGCAACCCGCAGCCCAAAUUCGGCAACGCCAGCGUAAACGUUACGGUUCAUGCGAUCGCGGAAAAUGCUACCGAGCCUAUCCUUCUUAACCAGCCUCUCCAGAAUGUAUCGGAAGUUUCCGCGCAGCAAGUGGAGCUUAAUGCAGCUCACGACCAGCGGCGACGCACCCCCUCCGCCGCGGCGUGGUCCUCAAUCAGCAGGCAGGUCUCCAAAAGCGGGGAAAACAUCUCCUUUCCGCAGCCAGACACAGCCGUGCAGACGCCAAGCAAAGUCGAAGGAAUGCUGGGACCAAGCUGCUGGAUAAGCGAGUUAACGCCAACGCAAGACAGGAACUCAAAGUCGCCGAAACCAGGCAUGCACAGCGCCUCCGGCACGAUGCUGCACAGGUUCUGCUGUGCUGACAGGCAAAUCUUCAGCACGGUGGCGCCUGACUGGGACAGGUGGUGCCCCAAGGAAAGGGCGCACAAGAAAUCGAGAGCGCUGAGCGAGUUGAUAUUGAUAAGCCGGCUGACCACCGUUACGUAUGAGGAAGUUGCGUGCUUGACCACGUAUUCCAUGAACGUCACGUUUGUACCCUCACCCUCCAAAAUCGCUUUAAUGCAGCUGUCCGCCUUAUCGUUGGCCAGGCCGCAGCAGAGCAGCUUGCAGGCCCUAAAUCUGCUAGUGGUGGACACUUCAUUGAAUACAUCCAGGGCACAUAUCCGCUGCACGGUCCCGACGACAUCCAUCGAGUGCGACACAUCAUCUACUUCCCUGAAGAAUAACUCCACGAGACGGCUUCUGCGUGCCCCCAAAGGUUCGGGGCCGCAGUCACUGAGUACCGAAACGAAGUUUGACAAAGGCUCCACUGUAGAGUCCUUCGACGCCUUUAUCACGCCCUUAACAAACAACAACAUAACCUCCUCGCUCUCCGGAACGUCUAGCGGGAGUUUCGAGAGUAAGCUGCGCAGCAGCCCGACGGCCUCGGACGAGCACAGGGAAAGCAGCACCUGCGCCUGA